UUCUUCUCCUUGUAGAAACCCUUCUGAAAGGUCGCCUCAAAGGCUUGGAGCCCUUCCAGUUAUUGGUGUUGCCCAAGAGGAGCUAAGCAGCAGGAGAAAAGAGAGAGAGGCGCAGCAUGAACGGCCCUUCUUGGUACGGUGUCAUCAACAGCGGCAGCAGCAAAAGCUUUGUCGUAUACCUCCUCGCAGCGUCAUCCCUCGCUGUAGCCUCCACCUUCUUCAUCUCCCACGGCCCCUCCUCUCCCUAUGGAUUCCGAGACCAGCACGUCAUCCUGUCCUCUCGAUCCGUUCGAGUCUGGCCUGAGCUCGAGGUGAACUGGAGGAGCGGCUUGGCCACCGUCAUUGGCUUCCUGGGCUCCGCCUUCGGCACCGUCGGCGGUGUCGGCGGUGGCGGCAUCUUCGUCCCCAUGCUAACCCUUGUCGUCGGCUUCGAUGCCAAGUCCGCUGCUGCCCUCUCAAAAUGUAUGAUCAUGGGGGCAUCGGCUUCAUCAGUGUGGUACAACCUCAGAGUGGCGCACCCUUCCAAGGAAGUGCCCAUCAUAGACUACAACCUGGCUCUGCUGUUCCAGCCCAUGCUGAUGCUGGGGAUCACCAUCGGUGUGGAGCUCAGCGUGGUCUUCCCCUUCUGGCUCAUCACCAUCCUCAUCAUAAUUCUCUUCAUAGGUACUUCCUCAAGGUCAAUGUUCAAGGGAGUUCAGAUGUGGAAGAAGGAAACUCUCCUCAAGAUGGAGAUGCGGAAGCAAGAGGAGGCUAAAUCCAAUCAGGAAGUGGUGGGCACCGACACAACAAGCGAGCCUCUCCUUCAUCGGCCGGAGAAAUCCAUGCUUGUAAGUGCCAAUUCAUAUGCUCUGACGAGUAAAAUAAAUCUGCCUUUGUACUCUGUUGUUUACCAUCUAAUAUUACUCUACUCCGACGCUGUCGAUGGACUAAAGGAGGCGUUGCGGUUCAACAUAAGGUGGAAGGGGAUCUCGGUCCUGCUGGUAGUCUGGUUCUCAUUUUUACUGCUUCAGAUCCUAAAGAACAAUUCAGAGACCUGCAGCCUUUUCUACUGGGUUGUAAACAUCUUGCAGUUUCCGGUGGCGCUAAGCGUGUUCUCGUGGGAGGCGACGAAGCUGUGGAGGGAGAGCCGGCAACGGCGAAUGCAGGGCAACUGGGAGUCCGUCUGCGAGGCCUCCAUCGAGUGGACAGGCAUGCAGCUGGUGUUCUGCGCCUUCUGCGGUCUUCUCGGCGGCACCGUCGGCGGGCUGCUCGGCUCCGGCGGCGGCUUCAUCCUGGGCCCCCUCCUCCUCGAAAUCGGAGUCAUCCCGCAGGUAGCCAGUGCCACAGCAACCUUCGUGAUGAUGUUCUCCUCAUCCUUAUCAGUGGUGGAAUUCUACUUCCUGAAGAGAUUUCCCAUCCCCUAUGCUCUCUAUCUCAUUUCUGUGUCUGUGAUGGCCGGCUUCUGGGGACAGUUCUUCGUCAGGAAGCUGGUAAAGUUUUUGAAAAGAGCAUCAAUCAUUGUCUUCAUUCUCUCCUCGGUCAUCUUUGCCAGCGCUCUAACCAUGGGUGUUGUUGGCACUGAGAAGUCGAUUACCAUGAUUAAGAACCAUGAGUACAUGGGAUUUCUCAGCUUCUGCGAGAAAUAGAAAUGGGACUGCAACCUGUAUUACCUAGUUGAUCAGAUCAUCUCUAGCAUAAACCAUUAAAAGCUUUCAUGUUCUUGUUUGGUCAGCACCUUGCUGACCCCCCCAAGUAAUGCACGUCCAGUUAUGGGAUUUGCAUUUGUCAACGGUGGAAGUGCUGGUCAAUACCCAAUUGACCGUAUCAUCUCCAGCAUAAUCCAAUAAAGCCCGCAUUUAUCAUUAUUGUUGGUCGGUCAGCUCCUUGUUGACCAUGUCAUUUGCUGUUCCAGCUAUAGCAUUGCGUCCAUCAUCAAUUGUUGAUUUGUGUGUGAAAUGAAGUAAAAACAUAAUAUCAGUGAACUUUGUGCUACA